AUGUUUAUUGUGGACUUGUGGGACUCAAUCUUCACUCCGGGCACAACUCCUGCCUUGAUUACAGCUACGCAUGUAUCGUUUAUAUUACUAAUCAUUUCGUUGGUUGCAUUGUGCUUUUUGUCAAGAUCGAUCCAUUUUAUCAACUUGUUGGUCAUUGCGGUGCUCUUGUAUGGAACCGUGGUGUGGUUCAUUGCCGAACUCCAGAAAGCGAAACUAGAAUCGAAUCAAGAGCUGACAAAGCCUGAAGCGACCGGAACAGAAGAGAAACAAGAUGAAGCUGAGGCAAGUGCAAGGCCAGCUACUCCCGUUGCUAAAAAGAGGAAAACGUAG